GGCAGAAAAGACUGAAGUUCUGAGUGAAGACCUUCUUCAGGUGGAGAAGCGCCUGGAGCUGGUGAAGCAGGUGUCCCACAGCACGCACAAGAAGCUCACCGCAUGUCUGCAGGGCCAGCAAGGGGCAGAGGCCGACAAGCGCUCUAAAAAGUUGCCUUUGACAACACUGGCUCAGUGUUUGAUGGAGGGGUCAGCUAUCCUGGGAGAUGACACACUUCUUGGGAAGAUGCUGAAACUCUGUGGGGAGACAGAGGACAAGCUGGCUCAGGAGCUGAUACACUUUGAAUUGCAGGUGGAGAGGGAUGUGAUUGAGCCCCUGUUUUUGCUGGCUGAGGUGGAAAUCCCCAAUAUUCAAAAGCAGAGGAAACAUUUAGCAAAGUUGGUGCUGGACAUGGAUUCUUCACGAACCAG